AUGUCACGGGGCCGACACCGAUGUCACCCGCAGGGCGUGGCCUUCGAGGUGGUCCCUCCCACCUUCCCCGAGACGCUGAGCCGCGCGGCCUGGCCCCGCCCCCAGGACUACGCCCGCGAGACGGCGGCGGGGAAGGCGCGGGAGGUGGCCGCGCGCGUGGCCCAGGAGGACGCGGAGACCCCGACGCUCGUCAUCGGCGCCGACACCGUGGUGGCCGUGGAGGGGCGGAUCCUGGAGAAGCCGAAGGACCGGGAGGACGCCGUGGCGAUGCUGCGCCGGCUGAGCGGGAAGCAGCACAGCGUCAUCACGGGCGUCGCCUUGGUCACCUGGGGCGGGGCAGCAGGCCCCGCCCAGGAAGUGACCGCCUUCCACGAGGAGACGCGCGUGACGUUCUCGCCGCUGUCGGAGGCGCUGAUCCGCGAGUACGUGGACGGCGGCGAGGGACGGGACAAGGCCGGGGCCUACGCCAUCCAGGGCCGCGGCGCGAUGCUGGUGGAGGGCGUGGCCGGCGACGUCCUGGCCGCCGUGGGCUUCCCGCUCAACCGCUUCUGCCGCGAGCUGGCGCGGGCGCUGCCGGGGGCGCCGGGGAGUGACGUCACCGCCCCCGCGGCGGGCGCGCAGGAAGAAGUGACGUCACCCGCGACAGGAAGUGAUGACCUGGACGGCCGGAAGUGAGGUCGCCGUGGCAGGAAGUCUCACCUGGAUGCCUGACGUCACCGACCCCAGACAGGAAGUGCAGCCGGCGACAGGAAGUGACGUCACCGACCCACCCCCACACUUGACGUUGGACUCUGACCUCUCGGCCCCCAUUGGAUCCCCGACCCCGGGGGCGGGAGGAGGAGGCGGGGCCAAUCCCCCUCUGUCACGCGGCACCGCGUGGGCGGGCCACACCCCAUGCACGAAUAAACGAU